GUGAGAAUACAAAGAAGUCUAUCAUGACUCUUUGUUCCUUAUUCCAAGAUUAUGAUCGCUCCAAAGAUGCUUUGAAUGAAGUUUUUCUGAAGGAAACUUCGCGUCGUUCUUUGAUCCAUGAAGCAACUCUUCUCAAAACGAUAUUGGAACAACAGAUGUACGUUGAGAUGAACAACUCAAAGGACUCACACGUUCAAUCGUCUUUGAAACAGGACUUGUCAAAGGUCCAAGGCGAGAAGAGGUCCUUGGAUAGGAAAAUUUCCUUGCUCCAAACUGAGAUUCAAAAUUUGAAAGAGAGAGCACUGAGUAACGCUCAACUCCAACGGGAAAACAUCUCUUUGAAGAAUCAAGUCAAGAAGUUGACGUCUCAGUUGGAUGAAUCAAAGAGUGAGAUUGGUAAGGCUUCGAAACAAUUUGCCACCCAAAGAGCGGUGUUGGAGUCCAAAUUGGACAACGCGAAAAAGAACAUCAAGACUUUAAAGGACAGGACCUCCCCUGUAAAACCUUUGACUGGUUCGAUCCUAUCCCCGCAAAAGACUAGCAGCAACGAAAGAAUAAACGUGUUGAAAAAGCCACAUCUUAAUUCAAACUUUUCUGUUUCUCCAUUCCUCAGAAAUAGACAGUCCAAACAGGAUCUUGGUUCUUCGACUCCUGUUCAAGACAACAGAAACAACAUCAAGACCAAGAUCUUUGCACAGUCCACGCCCAAUGGGAACGUCUUCGCUUCACCUCUGAAGGAUGCAAAGCCUAGAAGAUCGAGUGGGUUGAAGAACUUGGUUCGUCCCACGAAUUCUUUAAAAGCUGCACUGGACAACCCAGAUAAGAAGAACAAACCUAGUCUAUUCGACGAUGACGAUGAAGACGAUGAUGGUGACAUCUUCGGGAACAGUGUGCUGAAGAAAGCUGAAAAGAAGGAUCACGAUGACGAUACGACAGAGAAGAAAACUCAACCAGAUAUCAAGAAGAAGAAGAGGAAGAUUGGCUCCACCACCAUAGUUGAGGAAACUGAAAUCGACGAGGAUGAAAAAUCUAUCCCGUUGAAAAGAGUUAAACUAAUUGAUAAGCUCGGUGGUAUGUCGCCUCUGAAACAGAGAAACAAGGAAAGAUCGUUAUUUAAAGUGUAAAAUAACUGUAAUAUACCAAAAUGUGAAAUACGACUG